CUGGCCUCUCUUCUCCUCCUCGAUUUGAUCGUUCAUAUCUCUCUCUCUCUCCUCUUCUAAAAUAUUUUAUCUCUCUUAUUCUUUGCCAGUAAUGGCAGUGCCUCAGUUGCAGUGCAAGAAAAGAGGGAGAGAGUUUACAUCGGGAAGGUAAAAGCUUUUUCAGUACCAGGGUUCUUCCUCUUCACCAUUUACACGAACAACCCACUUUGGCCCCUUUUGUUUUCCCCCAUCUAAGAUCUCCGUUUUUAAUUAGUCAUAAAUACCACACGCUUAUAUCUGAGUGGUUUUUUCCUGCAAGAUUUACCAGCCAAGAAAAGAAACAAGUUAGAAAGGAUAGAAAAAAAAAAGGAAAAACAGUGAAAUAUUGUUUGUUGUUGUUGCUUUCUACUUAAAAAAACUGACCAGUGAUUACUAGCAGUAUCACUGUUUAGGAACAUAUGAUGCAUCUCUUUCCUGUGAAAAAGCCUGGAACUUGUGUAGCUUAAAACCCGGGAGAGCACUCCCAUCUUUAGAUCAUAAAGAUUUUGUCUAGGCAGUGAGAAAGUGAGAGCUGUUUCCAUAGUGAAAACUUAGGUAAGUUUAAGGAUCAAGAGAGAGAGAGAGAGAGAGAAGAUAGAGGGAGAGAUAAUGGAAGGUGGUUCUAAUGGCACUUCCUGCAUGAUGGCUUUUGGAGAAAACAGUAAUGGACUAUGUCCAAUGAUGAUGAUGCCUCUAAUGACUUCCCAUCAUUCUCAUCAUGCUCAUCAUCAUCAUCAUCAUCAUCAUCAGCAGCAACAACAACAACAACAACAUCACAAUCAUCAUCCUAUUAAUCCAAAUAAUCCUAACGCUAAUGCAGACACAAACAAUAUCGCUCCAUUAUUUCUUCCUUUUCCUCUUCCAGCUCCCACCAACAUUAAUCAUCAAAAUCGCCACAGUUCUAAUACUAGCGGUUCUUCUUCUUCUUUCAAUAUUAUGCUUGACCACAACAACAACAACACUUCAGCAACUGCCGGGUCUACUUACUUCAUGGCCGGUCAGAACAACGACUGCAACAAUAUCUCCUCAUUCAAGGCCAAGAUCAUGGCUCAUCCUCACUACCACCGUCUCUUGGCCGCCUAUGUCAAUUGCCAAAAGGUGGGAGCACCGGUGGAGGUGGUGGCGAGACUGGAAGAGGCGUGCGCGACGGCGGCGGCGGCAAUGGGCCACGUCAGCACAGGGAGUCUAGGGGAAGAUCCGGCGUUGGAUCAGUUCAUGGAGGCUUAUUGUGAGAUGCUGACAAAGUACGAGCAAGAGCUCUCCAAACCCUUCAAAGAGGCCAUGCUUUUUCUCCAGAGUAUUGAGUGUCAAUUCAAAACUCUCACGCUUUCCUCGUCGGAUUCUGGUUGUGGUGAGGCUGUUGAUCGGAAUGGUUCGUCGGAAGAAGAGGUUGACGUGAACAACAGCCUCAUAGAUCCGCAAGCUGAAGACCGGGAACUAAAAGGCCAGCUCCUGCGCAAGUACAGUGGGUACUUGGGCAGCCUGAAGCAAGAGUUCAUGAAGAAGAGGAAGAAAGGGAAACUCCCUAAGGAAGCCAGGCAGCAGCUGCUUGAUUGGUGGAGCAGACAUUACAAAUGGCCUUAUCCCUCGGAGUCACAGAAGCUGGCAUUGGCAGAAUCAACGGGACUGGAUCAGAAGCAAAUAAACAACUGGUUCAUCAACCAAAGGAAGAGGCACUGGAAGCCUUCCGAAGAUAUGCAGUUUGUUGUGAUGGACGCAACGCAUCCUCAUCACUACUACAUGGACAAUGUUUUGGGAAAUCCAUUUCCUAUGGAUAUCUCUCCCGCGCUUCUCUGAAGAGUCUAUAUAUAUAUAUAUAUAUAUAUAUACUUAAUAAAUAUGUAUAAGCAUAUUGCUUUAACAACAAUACGUUCUCAUGUCCUACAUGACAUCUCUUAUGUACGUGGUAAAACCCGACGUUUAAUUAAGCACUCUUAAUUUAUA